UUCCAUUAUCAUAGACUGUUGGCGACACCGUCGCCAUUUUGUACUGGUGUUUGGAACACGAAAAUGUUGCUUGCCUCGAUAUUUCUCAUCAACUGAAAACCGAAGCGUUGCGUUCACCGUGUACCUGAGAAAAUGACGCAGUUCCUGCCGCCGAACCUGUUGGCCCUGUUCGCUCCACGGGAUCCAAUACCGUAUUUACCACCCGCUAGCAAACUUCCACACGAGAAGAAGAAUGGAGGCUAUAUCGGCGUUGGAGCAUUCCUCAAAUACUUCGAGGAUCCCAAAGACACUCCACCACCGGUUCGUGUGGAGACCAGGGAAGAACGUCUUGAACGAAGGAGAAGAGAACGUGCAGAACAAGUGGCAUACAAACUUGAACAGGAAAUCGCUGUGUGGGAUCCUGCUGGCAUUCCAAAUGUAACAGCGGAUCCUUUCAAGACGCUUUUUGUAGCACGAAUAAACUAUGAUACAUCAGAAUCUAAAUUGAGGAGGGAGUUUGAAGUGUAUGGUCCAGUAAAAAAAAUAGUGGUAAUUCACAAUACAAUAAAUGGCAAGCCUAGAGGAUAUGCUUUCAUUGAGUAUGAGCACGAAAGAGAUAUGCACUCGUGGUGGCCGCUGCCGGCAACUAGUGCCGUUCACUAUUCCAUGCAAUCCCUGAACCUGCCUGAUAUGAUAGCUGCUUAUAAGCAUGCGGAUGGUAAGAAAAUAGAUGGUCGCAGAGUGUUGGUCGACGUCGAGCGGGCCAGGACCGUGAAGGGUUGGCUACCUCGUAGGCUGGGCGGUGGGCUUGGUGGCACGAGAAGAGGCGGCCCCGACGUCAACAUUAAACACUCCGGCCGAGAAGAUAACGAAAGGGAACGGGAACGGUAUCGUUUAGAGCGGGAGAGGGAGACUUCUGGACGCCUCGACAGAGACAGAGAUCGCGAUCGCUUGGAUAGAGAACGUAGAAGGUCUCGCGAUCGCAAGAGAAGGUCGAGGAGCAGAUCUCGCGAUCGGAAACGCAGACGAAGUCGCGAUCGGCUUCCCGAUCCUGAUAUUGAGGAGAUACAGAGGGACGAACGACCGCGCGACAGAAGAGACCGCGAUCGUGAUCGCGAUCGCGACCGUGAUCGCAAGAGGAGGCGUUCCAGGAGUAACGAUCGUGACCGUGAUAGGGAUCGCAAGAGGGAUAAACGCGAUCGCGACCGUGAGCGCAGAGAUAGGAAAGAUCGAGGUGAUCGUCAGGAUGAAGACACGAAAGAAAUUCGAAUUAAAGAAGAACCUUUGGAUGAUUAUCCUGACUACAGCAACACCUUCCAAUCGUCCGGAUCCUAUUUCACGGCUGUAAAAUACGAGGACGACAACGAGCAGGAAGUGGAAGAGAAAUACAGGAUCCCGGAAGGUCGUCCCGAUCCCCCUCCCUACAACAACUACGAUUCUGUGCAAGAUUAUUGAUCUCGACGAAUAUUUCAUGUAACAUUCUGUUCUGUUACCACGCACGAUGAAUUUACUGCUAUUAUUGAUAACAAAUAUUGUAUUUCCUACUGUUGCUAGUGUAAUACCGAAAUAUAUUCGACUGUGUACUCGUGUAUCUGGUCGCUCGCGGUUCCCCGUUAGGUGACCAGAUAAUACGACGAGGAUAUUUGCAGGGAAACCAGGUGGUUCGAAAGCAGGAACCGAUUUCUACGCAGUUAUCUCCGCAUUCCGGUUGACAACACCGGCAAAGAGGAAACGAAUUUUUGUAUAUUUAUGGUCAGCACGGAGGCGCACUCCAUCUCGGAAACUUGGAAAAAUGAAUUUAGACGCUUUGCAUAUAUUGUUAGAGAUCCAUUCGUGCGGGCGAGCAACGAUUGAAUUUCCUCUUGUAGCAGUCACCGCGUGAAAACCUCGCAAAACACAAAACGAGCCCUGGCAGAGGCUCUCUCGGGGGCCAGGUUCGUGCAAGUUAGGCAACUUGAUGACCGCCGUCCUCGUGAUUCCAAACUUCUGUAUGUGUACAUAAACUCUAAACGAAUCGUAUAUUACACGAAUUUGAUUCUUUCAUGACUGCUGCAUGUAUAUUUAUAUAUAUACAUAUAUGAAUAAAAAUAAACCACGCAAUUCGUUUGUUAA